CAGAAAAGUUUAAUAAACAGCGGACGGAGGGGCCGGCAGCGGCGGGGCCGGAGCGAGCCGAGGUUCGGCGGCCUCACCUGUCCCCAUUCACCGGCGGCGACCGGCGGCGGCGGGCAGCGCGUCAGGUGGAGAGAGCUGCCGCCAGAUCUGGCUCUGUAUUAGACUCUGAGGAUACAGAGAUAAAUAAGACGUGCUGUCCCAGCACCUGAGGACCAGGAAUGAAUCUGAAGUCUGCUGCAGUAAAACACUGAAGGCUUUAAAAUGUUUUCUUGCAUAAAACUCAAACUUUAAGUAGCUGCUUAUGAGAAUAGGGAAGGCAGGAAGCUAAUGUCUGUCUCAAGAUACAGGACAGCUGUUUGCUCAUCAACCUCCACUGUGUGUGCAACAGAGGAACAUGGCGCAAGAAACUAAUCACAGCCAAGUGCCUAUGCUUUGUUCCACUGGCUGCGGAUUUUAUGGAAACCCUCGUACAAAUGGCAUGUGUUCGGUAUGCUAUAAAGAACAUCUUCAAAGACAGAAUAGUAGUAAUGGUAGAAUAAGCCCACCUGCAGCUUCUGUCAGUAGUCUGUCUGAAUCUUUACCAGUUCAGUGCACAGAUGGCAGUGUCCCCGAAGCUCAGUCAACAUUAGACUCUACGUCUUCAUCUAUGCAGCCAAGCCCUGUAUCAAAUCAGUCACUUUUAUCAGAAUCUGUAGCAUCUUCCCAAGUGGACAGUACAUCUGUGGACAAAGCAGUACCUGAAACAGAUGAUCUGCAAGCUUCAGUAUUAGAUACAGCACAGCAGCCACCUGAAGAGCAAAGCAAGUCUCUUGAAAAACCAAAACAAAAAAAGAACCGCUGUUUCAUGUGCAGAAAGAAAGUGGGACUUACUGGGUUUGAAUGCCGGUGUGGAAAUGUUUACUGUGGUGUACACCGUUACUCAGAUGUACACAAUUGCUCUUACAAUUACAAAGCUGAUGCUGCUGAGAAAAUCAGAAAAGAAAAUCCAGUAGUUGUUGGUGAAAAGAUCCAGAAGAUUUGAACUCCUGCUGGAAUACAAAAUCCUUUGAUCAUCUGCAAACUAAAAAUUGACUUGAGGUUUUUUUUCCUAGUCAUUGGGAAUGUAGAUCAAUGUAUCUUGCAUAGACCUUUUAAUCAUGCAUGUCAUCAGAAGAAUAGAUUUUUGUUUUGUUUUGAAAAUGACUCUGAACAUUUAUUUCCAUUGCAGUUUCUGUGGCUGAAAAGACUUAAACUUUACAAGUAUUAUCCUUUUAAGAUCAUUUUAAUUUUAGUUGAGUGCAGAGGGCUUUUAUAACAAACACGGAGAAAUUUUGGAGGGCUGUGAUUUUUCCAGUAUUAAACAUGCAUGCAUUAAUCUUGCAGUUUAUUUUCUCAUUGUGUAUGUAUAUAUAGCUUUUCUCUGCAGCACGAUUUCUCUUUUGAUAAUGCCCUUUAGGGCACAACUAGUUAUAAGUAACUGAAUGUAUCUUGAUCAUUAUGGCUGCUUCUGUUUUUUCAUUAACAAAGGUUAUACAUAUGUUAGCAUAUAGUUUCUUUGCACCCACUAUUUAUGUCUGAAUCAUUUGUCACAGGAGAGUGUGUGCUGAUGAGAUUAUAAGUUUGUGUGCUUUAAAAUUUUUUUGAGCAAAGGAAGAAAAAGCUGUAUGCAUUUCAUUGCUGACUACAGAUUUCUUUCAGAUUACGUUCAUUGGUCUGUAUGUAUACAAUAUGAAGAAUGAUCUGAAGUAAUUGUGCUGUAUUUAUGUUUAUCCACCAGUCUUUGAUUAAAUAAAAAGGAAAAUCAAAAUG